CAUAGCAAACCAGAACGUUUUGUAACUGUUUAGAGUAAUGAUUACAGCCCCAGGUGGUAACGUUGUUGACAGUAUAAUGAAUGGAUCAAGGCAGGAGUAGUAGGUCAUUGUCAUCCAUAAAUAUAUGGUUGUCAUCAGCCAACCCUUGUUGUUUGUGCAUGCUAUCAAACAUAACAGUCACUUAUCAUUCGUUGGCAAGGUCUUGGCAUAAAUCUGUACUUUUUACUAGAGAGCCUCUAAAACAUUGUCAAAAAGGCAAGGGGUCAGGUUUUAUCCCACUAAGCAUUUACUGACAGCAACGUGUUUUGGAAGUCUUUUUUUGGUCCUGCCCUGGACCAGCCAUCUUUUUUUGGUGCAGUCCAGACAGGCCUUUACUUCAACGUCCAAGGACGUUGAUGUUUGGUUCAGAUGUUGUCCGGUCUGGACAAGAGGUCUUCAUGGAUCCACCUGUACCCGAAUACAUGAUGCAGGGUCCGGAUGGAGGAUUCUAACUAAUGUCAUGGGUCUGGGUCGGAUCUGAUAUGAUUGUCAAAGUGUAAGACACCACAUCCACCACCACCAUGCCAGAAGGGGAGGUACGCCAGAGGAAGGGGAAGUCCAAGAAGUCCAAGUCAAAGGGCAAGGGGAAAGGCCAAGGUGGCAGUGCCAGCCUAGAUGGGCAAGAUGAGCUGCCAUUAUUGCACCCUGUCCAGCCCGUCAAGAAGGCUGUGGAGGAGAAGGUGGCCGUGGCCAAGGUGGAAGAAGAGUCGUCCAUUUUCAUCGGUCUCCAGGUGGUGUUCCCCUACCUGCUGGCUGGGAUGGGGAUGGUGAUGGCUGGGAUGGUGCUGGACAGCGUCCAGCACUGGGAGGUGUUUAAGAUCAUCACAGAGAUCUUCAUCCUGGUUCCAGCUCUGGUGGGGCUGAAGGGCAACCUGGAGAUGACCCUGGCUGCUCGCCUCUCCACCGCAGCUAACACUGGACAGAUGGAUGACCCCAAGCAUCAGUGGACGAUGGUGUGCAGCAACCUGGCUCUCAUUCAGGUUCAGGCCACGGUGGUGGGCUUCCUGGCUGCAGUGGCAGCCAUAACACUGGGGGCCAUGUCUAGAGGUGGGGUGGAGCUGGACCAAGCUGCUGUGCUCUGUGCCAGCAGCAUCAUCACUGCAUUCGUUGCAGCACUGUCUCUAGGGCUCGUGAUGAUCGGGGUGAUCAUUGGCGCCAGGAAAGUGGGCAUCAACCCAGACAAUGUGGCCACACCCAUCGCUGCCAGUCUGGGAGAUCUGAUCACACUGUCCCUGCUGGCUGGAGUCAGUACUACACUCUACCAGUACCGAGACGUCUGGUACCUGUCUCCCCUGUUGUGUGUGUUCUUCCUGGCUCUGAUCCCUCUGUGGGUGGUGGUGGCCCGGAAGAGCCCUCAAAUCAAGGAGGUCCUCGUCUCUGGCUGGCAGCCUGUCAUCAUAGCCAUGUCUAUCAGCAGUUUUGGGGGACUCAUAUUGGACAAGACUGUUAGCGACCCUAACUUUGAGGGGAUGGCUGUCUUUACACCCGUCAUAAAUGGUGUUGGAGGGAACUUGGUGGCCAUCCAGGCCAGUCGGCUCUCAACCUACCUUCACUUCUGGAGCAUGCCUGGAGUCUUGCCCUAUAAGAUGAGACAGCACUGGCCCAGCCCCUUCACUACCUUCUUCACCUCAGGUGUGAACUCCAAGUCAGCGAGGGUGUUGUUCCUACUGGUGGUGCCUGGUCACCUGGUGUUCCUCUAUACCAUCUCUCUGCUCCAAGGAGGCCACACUGCCCUCACUGUCACCUUCAUCGUCUGCUACCUGUGUGCCACCCUUCUCCAGGUGGGCAUCCUCCUCUAUGUGGCUGACCUGAUAGUCCGUCUGAUGUGGAGGAGGAGUCUGGACCCAGAUAACUUUUCCAUCCCCUACCUGACAGCCCUGGGAGACCUGCUGGGGACCGGCUUCCUGGCUUUGGUCUUCCGCUCCGUCUCACUCAUGGAGGGGCUGGGACUCUGAAAGGGAGGGGGGUCAUCGGUCUCCUACAGGCCUCUCUGUGCUGUGCCUUCCCAGACCAGGGGUCUGUAUCAUCUCCUUGCCCUGCCUCUCCUCUGCCUUCACCACUGGAGGGGAGUUAGUUACUCUACUGGGCGUGGGGAUGGCUGUGUGACUGACUGACUGCAUUCACUCACUCACUCACUCACUCACUCACUCACUCAGCUUGCAGUUCAUCAGCAGGUGUGGGUCGUUAAAAACCUCAAAGUAUGGGUGAUGGGACAAACUGCAAACUCAUCCAGGUCCUAUUUCACACACCCCACAUGUCACCUGUGAAUGUGAGACGACUGAAAAAUCAACACACUAAAUUGAACUUUUUCUGAAAUUCGGGAACGGUUAUUGAUCAAGAAUGGGUGCAUUGUAUGUUGGUGUAUGAAAAUGAAUUUGAACUUGUUUACAGUAUUUCUGGAUGUAGAAUGCAGAGUGGGGCUUGGCAAUAGACAGAACUCAAAAAACCUUAAUGGACUGGUAACUACUGGAACAUUCUGUUGUAGACCAAACAUCACCACCAAUGCUUAGCUUGAAACUACUGCACCCAUUGAAAUUGAAACUAGGGUGUGGGAGAGAACUGGACCUGUGAAUGUAUCAAUGAUAGAACAUAUUUGAAGGACAUCAGUAUUAUUUAGUGAUUUUCUAAGAGCUGCUUACUAUCACAGUGUUAAGUUAAAAAGUUACAACUUUUAAGGGAGGAACAUCUUAAACCAGAAUGAAGUUACUAUUGGCAUGUCAUCAGUAAUGUGAGAUGGGGUAAGGGCAAAGAAUUGAAACUGUUCUCAAAUCUGCUCAAGGCUAUCUCGUAUGACAGGACAGGCAAAAGUGUCAUUGCAAAAUGCCUGAUAAAGCUUUACUAAUGUUUUUCACAUAUUAAUGUUCAGCAGCAAUCUUAAAUGCAAAAACAAAGCCUUAAUGUACACAGUAUCUGUCAAGUCCAUGUAUCAUGAAAGUUACAUGUCGGUGUGUUUUGUAUAAUCACAAAUGUCUAUUUAAAGAAAAGGUAGCUUUAUUUAAAACAUUGCAAUGGCCCCAUUCACAUGCCUUCUGUACAUUACAACUGUAGUGCCCUCACUGCCAGCUCAUGGUUAAGGGGCUUGAAUAAAACAAAUCUUAAGGCCAGGCA